AUGCAGUCGAAUCUGUAUGGUAGUAAAGACAAGUUCCAAAUUCGUAACAUGCGUCAUUGUUGAACAUUACAGCGGGCAAUUCAAAUUGAAUACAUAUUUGUACUAUUUAAGAGCCGUUGAAAACAAUAUCCAGAAUUCAUGGUAAGAGACUAACCACCAACAGCGAGAUCAGCGUUUGGAAACAACAGGUUACCAUAGAAACAGUGAAACCAGCGUCGUAUAGCCAAGUUAUCUAGCUAGCUACUUUUAAAAAGAUGUUUAGCUAACGUUGGCUAACUUCAUUAUCUUGUCCCUACCACAUUUGUCAGACGUUAACGUUAUUAUUUAGACCACUCGAGUGUGUUACUUAGCUUGCUAUAGCUAGGUAGUUAUCUUAACGUUAACUUGGUUUGUUUGCGAAGUUGCUAGUCGCUGGUGUAACUUAGUAGCUAACGUUAGCUUGGCUAGUUAGACUAGUACUGGAGUAUAGAAAAAACACUUUAUGUAACUUGCGUUAACUUAGUUCGCGCUGACAAAGAAAAUCUGAUCUAUUGGUGUCUAACGUUAGCUAGGUUACUCGUGAAAUGUCCUCAUUUGAGCGUUUAGACACACUGCGAGAACAGAAUAGGUGUCUUUUGGCACAACUGCGGGAUAUAAGGGGAAGAUUGCUAGGUCUUAACUUGGGAUCGUCCCGGGUGGGUGAAACCCUAAUCUCGGACGUUACGGUAAAGACUUCACAAGAGUCCUGGCCUCAAAUUGGACGCAGUGAAACCGCAGCAGUGGCUUUAAACGACAGACGAGGAUGUGCGUCCCUGUCUGACUGUGGCCAAACCGAGUCACUUGCUUCGGUUGAUUCUGUGUCAGUGGUGGCCCUACCCGGGGGAGGACUGGGCCAGGCCCGCGCUGCAUUGAGCAGGCCUAGGGCACAGCAUAUGACAGAGCCGCUGGCUAAUGUACAUCCGGAGGAAGCUGUGGACCCUGAGGCAGAUCCCUGUCGGAGCAUCACACCACCUCUGCAUUUUCGUUCACUGGACACACAUUCUAUGAGGAGCCUUAUGUACAGUGGGCUCCUACAGGACCUAGGAAACCAACGCCUUGGGCAGGCCAAGCAAGCAGACACUGAGAGACCCCAACCUUCCCAGCUCUUUCUGGACAGGGAGCAGAGGGAGUUGGGACAGGUGACCUUCCAGGACCAGGACCAGGACCAGGAGCGACAUCGCCUGCGGCCCUUGUUGGGAUAUGACUGGAUAGCAGGGCUGCUGGAUUUGGACGCAGAGACCUCCCUGACCGAGCGCUCGGAGCCCUUUUUCACAGAGCUGCGUAACUUCCGCCAGGUCAACCGGGAGGAGUGCGUUCACAGCCCGAGUGCAGGAGUUGGGGAAGAUGAUCUUUCACCCCACAAGCUUUCCGAAACAACAGAAGAAAUUGAGUGUCCGCUCCCUGAGGACACACACCAGUGCACGUUCUGCUACAGAAUAAACAGUCGCCUGUUCCCUGCUCCUCUGGAUCCCCAAACUGCAUGUCCUGUGUGCAAGGUUCCAAAAGCCCACAACCCAAACACUGAGCCAACCUUCAUUAGGGUGAGCAUCCCCCGGUCCACGCUCCUGCCUGCACACAGUUACAGACCGCACCGCCGGCUCAGCUUCCACCCUUUCGACAGCCUGGGUCUGCCUUCGCACUGCAUGUCAGGCUGGUCCCGCGUGGCCCCAGCUGAAGCCCCACAGUUCAGCAGCCUGGAUCUGCGCAGCUCUCUGAAGACGGGCUGCUCCACAGCCAUCCCCACUGCCCUGCCCAAGCAGCUGCCCACUGCACGGGCCCCGCUGCAGCCUGAUGUCCCCAUCUCUGGAGUGAUAAUGGGCCAGCGCUCUGAAGAGCUGAUUGAUGCGACACGUUUAGCCGGUUACCGUUUCCCAUGUCUUGCUCCCAAACCGAGGAAACCACAUAAAACCACCUACCCAGUUUACUGAGAGCAUUCCAAACUAAACUGUAAAUUAUAGUUAUGAGGAUCACCUUUUCUUUUUUACUACACCCCAUCACCUGCAAGACUGUCAGACAGAAGUCCUGGCAGAAGUCCUAAUUACGGCAUUGAGGACACUGAUAAUUCUUAUGGAAUCUGAGCAAUGGAAGCCAUCUUCUAACAUACUGUUGGUAGAAUUAUGGGAUUUAAGAAAUGCUCCAAAGACAUUGUAUCGUUCAGAUGAAUGGCUAUUGUAAAACUAAAUUUUCCUUUUUUUAUAUUGUUUGCAAAACCCAUUUUUUGUCAUGAUAAUUUAUGAAAGUGGCACUGAAGUAAAUGUUUUGUGUGUAAACCUGAAUAUUGAGUGGUAAUGUAAGACUGGAGCUUUAUAUAAUAUAAAAUUGACUCUGUGAUUACACUGUCAAUUGCUGUCUGAAUGCAUCUAUAACUAUCAUAC